AUGAAUUUCUUAGCAAAACAUUUCUUCGAAUAUCAAUCAUUAAAUAAUCGACCACAUUAUGCUGUUCAGUUACAUAAAUUGCCACCUUCACAAGCUGGUGCUAAUCAAUCGGCAUCUUGGUCACCGAAAUCGAUGAUUAAAGUAGGCAAGAAUCAGGCUGCACCUGCAGCUCGUGCUAAUCGUACUUACACUGAACCAAAACUUGGUACACAUCGUUAUGGACGGGCAGCCAGACAUGAAUUUCGAGAAUGGGGCGAUAAACAUGGAGAGUUAAAAGGCGAAAAACUAGCACCACAUAAAGAUGCUUUAACCAAAUUUCUAUCAAAUGAAGAAAAUGCACCACGAAAUUUGUUUGAUUGUGAAUUUGAGGAACGAAUUUUUCAAACAGAACCGGAAACUCUGCCGGAAAAGUUAUCAAGGAUUAACAAAACCGAUGAAAUUGAUUUAUCACUCUCUUAUGCUGAUACUUCCCCUGGUAUAAAAUAUGAAACAGAAGUGCUAACUAUUUUAACAUAUGCACCAAAUGUGCAGUUCGUAACAGCCACCGUCAAAAAGGCCAAGUUAUUACCUUUUAAUAAUAAACCAUUUGCUCGGGUAAUGUUGUUCGACAAGCGCCGUCUGUUGGAGCAAAAACAAACAACGGUGACACCAACAUCUGUUUGUAAUAGAUGUCUCAAUGUUGUUGAUUGUAGAAGACAAGAGCCACCUACACCAAGUCCUCCAUCAUCUUCUUCCUCAGCUGGUUGUUCCAACACAACACUUAUAAUACGACCAACGGAUGCCAUCUUUUCCGAGUCCUUCUUGUUUCAUGUCACACCACAAAUGCUUAAUAGGUGUCAUAUUGUCAUCGAAAUGUUUGAUACUGAUCCGGCUGAUUGUAAUCGUGGACCGAUUUCAAUUGGACAUUGCGUGAUUGGUCCAAUGUGUCCAGGAGCUGGAUGUGCUCAUUGGAUACAAAUGAUACGAAAGACUGGCUUACCAAUUUGUAUGUGGCAUCGAUUGUUUAAAAGUUAA